ACAUGGCCACUAUUUUUUUUUAACUCUCUGCGGCUAACUUCAUAAUCAACAGUUCCAACUGUCAGUAGAUUUAAAUUUAGAAAUCAGCGUCCGAUUUUACUAUUUUAAGUUAUCGAAUAGGACAAUUUUCGUAACAUAAAUGUGAUAUUUUCAAGUUAGAAUUAGAUAGAGCACGAUGGCACCUUCCAAAUCCUUAAAGACGUACAGCAGAGGCGGCAAUUCGAGCAUUAGUUGCGUCGAUGCCGUCAACAUACUCUUCGCUAAGAACCUGGCUGCACGUAAAUUGAAUGGAAGAGUUGUUAAGAAAAAGAACAAGAACAAGAUUCAGCUCAAAGAACUGCCCAAACAAAUUAAGACUGUACUUUCUGACGAGUCCUCACUUCACGUCAACUUUAACGAUACUUUUGAUAAACUUUUAAAAGGCUCAAAUAACUAUAAUAAUAAUAGAAGAAAACCUAGAGAUAUCUCAGUCAAAAUAUACACAAACAACCUUUCGAAAUCUGUGAUACAUCACCGAAGUGUAGAUAAUUCUUCUAUGUUAAGUAAACUACGUUCAUACUCGAGCAAAAGCAAAACAGAAAUAAGCCAACAAACCUUAUCGUGGUUUAAACAACCUAGUUUAUCUAGAGAGAGAAUUACCAACGAAUUAGAGAUAGAAGUAGUAGGAAAAGAUGGGCAAUUGGUUAGGAAAAAGAGUACAAAUGAUUCUUCCAGAUCACCCAUAAUGCUUAGAUCUCGUUCAAGAAUCCCUGAAAUCGUUGUGACAGGAGAAAAAACAGUUAAUAACUCAAGUUCAUUGGGUGGAAACAAUAAUGGCAAAGUUGUAAUGCAACCAAAUGAAACAAGCAUUUUGAAUUCUAGUCUUUCGUUUAAUCCUCUCUUCACAAAUUCAGUCAGAGAACAGAUUUUAGUACAUUGCAGUACUCCUUUAGUUUCUAAAAAGACUAAAUCUUUAGUAAAACAGCCUCUAUCACCUAUCAAAGGCAUUAACGAAGAAAUAAAGGAUUCUAUAAUCGAGUCCUUGGAAGAAAUAAAGUCUUGGGAUACUUCCUUGAAUGUUAAGUCAGAUGAUUUAGAUACUAGUUUAAGUAAACAAGAACCCUUUAAAGGAUUUGAUAAAAGGAACAGUUUUAUAACGGUACGGGGCAAAUUUAGUGAGAGAAAUUCAAAUAAUCGACGAAAAGUACAAACCAACACCACUGCCAGUAACAGAUAUUUUUCUUUAGAAGACUUUGAGUUGUUUUAUAGCAAAGUUUCUCAUGAGACUGAAGUGAACAAUUUUGCUUCAUUCUCCUUAAAAGAUUUUGAAGAGUUUCAUGCCAAACACAUGUCGAAGUUUUCUAAUGGGGAAACUAAGAACAAUAAAAGUACUAGUAUUAAUUUUGUAACUAGCCGUAGACAGAAAAUAGCUGUUCAGACAGGUUCAAAUUCGGUUAGUACAAAUAAUAAAUUAGAUCUAAAAUCCCUAGUAGUACUUUUAGAUAAGGUAUUGGUUAAUAAUGUAUCUUCAGACCUAACAAAACGGAAAUCUCACAGUUUAGAUAACUAUAAUUCUAGUAGGAGAAUGACAAGGUUAUCUCUCAGAUCUCAAAAUAAUAGUACAAAUGGUUUUAAAGCCUGUAGGAAAUUUUCCAGGAAUUCUACACCAAAUUAUUUUAGGAAUUCGGAGGAGAAAAGUUUGGCUAAACCUGAUUUUUUCAGUCUAAAAGAACUGUUUUGUGAAUUGACAAGGUUACCCCUUCAAUCAAACAAUUCUCUGUGCACUAUCACCGAGGUUAAUGACAGUUCUGACAAGAAAAAAGGAAAAACAAGUUUGAUAAACGACAAAGAGAAAAGUGUUUGUAAAUAUGAAUCAAAGAAAUCACCCAAAAGGCCACAAGACAGCAUAGAAAAGUCUACGAGAGUUUUGAGGUCUUCAGACUACAACAAAAUAGAGGAAACCAGUUAUUCUAAAAUCGAAAAAACCAGCCUAGAAAUUCGUUUUUCACCUGAUAAAUCUGAGAGAAAAUCUCAGAAAAACAGCAGUAUCAGGAUUGAGCAAAAUGAAGAACUCAAACUUGAAAUUCAAUCGAGAUUCAGCAAAAUAUUUGCAGAUCACAACGAUCUUUACUCUGUGCAAGAUCUCAGCAACUCAAUCGUUGAAAAAACUCCGAAAAAGGACUCGCCAAUAAUUAUUAAAGAUAUUGUUAUUGACUUGACUUUGGAUGAUUUGGAUUUGCUUAGUCGUAGAACUAGUAAUAGACAGUCUCAGAGGUGUUCGGGAAGACUCGCGAGGGCUAGUAACAAUAUUGACACCCCUGAGGUGGAUGUUGUAGAUUCUUCUUUAACCACGCCUCAGAGGGACAAUUUUUUGAUGCCGGUGGCGAACAGUAAAUGGAAGAAUAAGAUUUUGAAACUGAAGGCUGGGAAAUCGUGGCGUAGAUCGCUGUUGGCACAGAAGAAGGAUGGUUUUGUGGAUCUGACUGAGUCAUAUGUGGGAGAUAAUGAUACGUUUUCUACUCCGGUACUUUCUUCUAAACCCGCCAAUCCACGCCAAUCCAUCAAAAUAGUUCCAGUUUCAAACGAGAGCGUGUGUUCUAGACGGAAAACGAAUUUACAGAACUACGCCAGAACGAAUUUGAGUUUGGUGUUGGAUGAAAGUUUGGAGGAAAUUAUUGGUAUUGUGUCUCCAGUGAAAACCAAAGUGUCGUUACCUAAAGAAAAACCUUUAGUCACUGCCAAAGAAAUUGUGUUACAGUACUGCAAGCAGUCGGAUAUAGUACCGUUUGAGAAAGCCUAUCCUAACAGUGUUUUGAAAAAUUGUACGAAAAUCGGCGAAGGAGUGUAUGGAGAAGUGUUUUUGUACACUAAAUGGAAUAAAUCCUCUGUUAUGAAGAUAAUACCUAUCGAAGGAGACAAGAUUAUCAACGGGGAAAAACAGAAGAAAUAUCACGAGAUUAUAUCGGAAGUUGUGAUAGCCUCGCAAUUGUCAGAUCUGAGAAAAAAUUCUUACAAUGGCAGUGCAGGUUUCUGCGAAGUUCAAAGCAUUUGUUGCGUUAGGGGAAAGUACCCUAAAAUUUUACAGGAUCGCUGGCACGAAUUUGACAAUAUGAAAGGUUCAGAAAAUGACCCGCCCGAAGUUUUUACCCAAGAACAACUCUAUAUUAUUUUAUCCUUGGCCCACGCAGGGCAGGACUUGGAAAGUUUCGUCUUCAACAACUCCGUUUGCGCUGUUUCCAUGUUUAAACAGGUGGCCUAUUCGUUGGCCAUAGCUGAACAACAACUAAAAUUCGAACAUAGAGACUUGCAUUGGGGCAAUGUACUUCUCAAGCCUGCAGAAAAAAAUAAGAAAAUCUUAUGUAAACAUAAAGGUGAAGAAAUAUCAAUUCCUGCUCAAGGCGUCGAAGCUACUGUGAUAGACUUCACUCUAUCCAGGAUAGAACAUGAUGGAGUUGUCAUUUUCAAUGAUUUGGGGCUGGAUCCUGAUCUGUUCGUCGCUGAAGGUGAUUACCAAUUCGAAAUAUACAGACUGAUGAGGAAUAAAAACAAUAAUGACUGGGAACGAUUCGAACCCUAUACCAAUGUUCUUUGGCUGCACUAUAUCGUAAAAAAAGCGAUCAAAGAAUUGAGAUACAAGAAUACUAAGACAAAGGUGCACGCGAAAGGCUUAGAAGACUUACAGAGCAUAGAAGAGGAGAUUCUGAGCUACAAAAGCGCCUCAGAAUUUGUAGAAUCGUAUUAUUAAAACAUUUCACAUAUCUCUGACUGACCAGCAUCAUUUAUUUCGAUUUUACCACUAAAAUAUUAUAAGAAAUGACUGCAAUAUUAUUUUUCAAUCUCAUUAUUUCGAUGAUUAUGAUAAUGUAUAUAUGAUUUUUUUUGUAUAUUGUAUAAGAUUUAUUUUAUUUGUUGUUUAUUUUGUCAUGUAUAUUAACGUGCCAUUGUCGUCCGUUUAUCAUCACCAGUUUUUCAUUGAAAUAAAAGUUCCUUU